GACACCACCACGCGGAAACAGAGUUUUCCAUCUCUCUUCCAUUAUUUCCUUUCCUAUCCCCUCUCCACUCCUUUUCAUCUAUUGCCUACAACUUACGUAUUGAGCAUUUUCAGUGUGUUUUUUUCUUGUGCAAACAGUCAACUUUGCAUCUUUUUUUUUUUGGUUGGGUUGGUUCUUUUCCUGCCAAUUCUCUGGCUUUGUGAUUCUUUUGGUGUUCUGUUGACCUUAUUGUCCGAGUUUAGGUUUCCUUUUUAUUGAUCUCUAGUUUGUUUUGCUGGGUAUUUGCUCUACGUCCUUAUUCUCUAUACGUUGUCAAUUACCACAAAAAUUAAAGCUGCCGUUUUCUUUUCAUACAUAAUUUUUUAUUUUUAAGAAUUUGCUGAGUGUUUGCAGAAUCAGAUUCACAGGGACUGUUUUUUUUUUUUUUUUCUCCAAUGGGGUUGAGCACCCAAAGAGCCUCUGCAUCUCUUACUUCAGCUGAAUUGGCUCCUCCUCGAUGGAAGCAUGAUGUGUUUUUGAGUUUCUGGGGUGAAGACACUCGCAGGGGUUUUAUAUCUCAUUUAUACCAUGAAUUGCACUACUGGCAAGCAAUUACAACAUUUAAGGACGACCGAGAGCUUGAAAAAGGAGCAAGUAUUUCUCCGGAGCUGUUGACCGCAAUCAAACAAUCACAUCUUGCAAUCAUUGUUCUGUCACCAACUUACGCUUCUUCCACCUGGUGCUUGGAUGAACUUUCAAAGAUUCUUGAAUAUAUGGAAGACACCAAGAGAAUUCUGCCAAUUUUUUAUGGCGUGCAUCCUUCCGAUGUACGAAAUCAAUGGGGGAGUUUUGCGGAAGCCUUCACUAAGCAUGAAGAAAAGUUCAGUGAAGACGCAGACAAGGUGAAUCGGUGGAGAGCUGCUUUAAGAAAAGUUGGCGGGCUCUCCGGUUUAGAUUCAAAGAAUUCUAAGAGUGAAAGAGAGCUUAUUGAAGACAUUGUCAAAUGUGCGUGGACCAAAGUGAAUCCUACAUGUACGUCGUUAGAUUCCCAAGAGAAGUUAGUCGGAAUUGAUUUUUCACUUGAGUACGUUUGCAAUUAG